UUAGUUGGUCGUGCUGACGUGCAGCGCGGCCCAGGCGGGGUGCGAGUGGCGCAGUCGGAGCCUGCUGCGGCCCCUGAGGAAGCGAGGAGGCGUCGGUGUCUGCUGAGGCGGGCGGACCAGCGAGGCAAGGCGGUGGCUCCACGCCCCGAGGGAUUCGGGAGCUCGAGUACCGGCAGCGGCGGCACCUCUCCCCCUCGGAGGCGGCGGGCGGAGGCGGCGGCGGGAGCGGUGGUGCCCCCCUCCCCGGCCACGGGGCCAUGUACAACGGGAUCGGGCUGCCGACGCCCCGGGGCAGCGGCACCAACGGCUACGUCCAGCGCAACCUGUCCCUGGUGCGGGGCCGCCGGGGUGAGCGGCCUGACUACAAGGGAGAGGAGGAACUGCGGCGCCUGGAGGCUGCCCUGGUGAAGCGGCCUAAUCCUGACAUCCUGGACCACGAGCGCAAGCGGCGCGUGGAGCUGCGAUGCCUCGAGCUGGAGGAGAUGAUGGAAGAGCAGGGGUACGAGGAACAGCAAAUUCAGGAAAAAGUGGCGACCUUUCGACUCAUGUUGCUGGAGAAGGAUGUGAACCCUGGGGGCAAGGAGGAGACCCCAGGGCAGAGGCCAGUAGUAACUGAGACUCACCAGUUGGCAGAAUUGAAUGAAAAGAAGAAUGAGCGACUUCGUGCUGCCUUUGGCAUCAGUGAUUCCUAUGUGGAUGGCAGCUCUUUUGAUCCUCAACGUCGUGCUCGAGAAGCUAAACAACCAGCUCCCGAGCCUCCCAAACCUUACAGCCUUGUUCGUGAGUCCAGCAGUUCUCGUUCACCAACCCCAAAGCAAAAGAAAAAGAAAAAGAAGAAAGAUAGAGGGCGCAGGUCAGAGAGCAGCUCUCCUCGACGAGAGAGGAAGAAGAGCUCUAAGAAGAAGAAGCACAGGUCAGAAUCUGAAUCCAAGAAACGGAAGCAUAGGUCUCCCACUCCAAAGAGCAAACGUAAAUCUAAGGACAAAAAGCGGAAGCGGUCACGAAGUACAACACCAGCUCCCAAGAGCCGCCGGGCCCCUCGUUCAACUUCUGCUGACUCUGCUUCUUCUUCUGAUACGUCUCGCAGUCGGUCUCGAAGUGCUGCAGCAAAAACUCAUGCAACAGCCUUGACUGGGCAAAGUCCUUCCCCUGCUUCAGGGCGUCGAGGGGAGGGAGAUGCAUCUUCCAGGGAACCAGGCACCACCAACACAGGGCAGCCUAGCAACCUCGAACCUUCUACAAAGCAGCCUAGCAGCCCUUAUGAAGACAAAGAUAAGAAAGAGAAAUCUGCAGUUCAACCUAGUCCCUCUCCGGAAAGGAGCAGCACAGGCCCAGAACCACCUGCUCCCGCCCUGCUCCUUGCUGAGCAACAUGGCAGCUCCCCGCAACCUCUUGCAACAACCCCCUUAAGUCAGGAGCCAGUGAAACCCCCAUCUGAGGCAUCCCCAACACGGGGCCACUCACUGCCUAAGUCUCCUGAGAAACUUCCCCAGUCAUCUUCUGAGAGCUGUCCACCAUCCCCUCAACCGACCAAACUUUCUCGGCAUGCCAGCUCUUCCCCUGAAAGUCCUAAGCCCACACCAGCUCCUGGGUCCCGCCGAGAAAUUUCUUCCUCUCCCGCAUCCAAGAGUCGUUCACAUGGUCGAGUAAAGCGGGAUAAGUCACAUUCUCAUACUCCUUCUCGUAGGGUGGGGAGGUCCCGAAGCCCUGCCACCACUAAGAGGGGGCGGUCUCGGUCUCGAACCCCCACCAAGAGAGGCCAUUCUCGGUCCCCUCAGUGGCGUAGGUCCAGGUCUGCACAGAGGUGGGGACGAUCUAGAAGCCCCCAGCGACGUGGCCGUUCUAGGUCUCCUCAGCGACCAGGCUGGUCCAGGAGCAGAAAUACCCAGAGAAGAGGCAGGUCUAGAUCAGCAAGGCGAGGCAGGUCACACUCUAGAUCGCCAGCCACUAGGGGCAGGUCUCGUUCUAGAACUCCAGCUAGGCGGGGCAGGUCUCGUUCUAGAACUCCAGCCAGGCGGAGAUCACGAUCCAGAACACCUACUAGGCGUAGAUCUCGGUCCAGAACACCAGCCCGGAGGGGUAGGUCUCGCUCCAGAACACCUGCUAGGCGCAGAUCUAGGACCCGAUCACCAGUACGACGGAGGUCUCGUAGUAGAUCGCCAGCCAGGAGAAGUGGCAGGUCACGCUCUAGAACCCCAGCCCGGCGUGGUUGGUCACGCUCUAGAACCCCAGCUAGACGAAGUGGUCGGUCACGCUCCAGAACCCCAGCUAGACGAAGUGGUCGGUCACGCUCCAGAACUCCAGCUAGGAGAGCAAGAUCUCGGUCUAGGAGUCCAGCGAGAAGAGGAAGAUCCCGGAGUAGAAGUCUAGUUAGACGGGGAAGGUCUCAUUCUAGAACACCUCAAAGAAGAGGCAGGUCUGGUUCAUCUUCAGAGCGGAAGAACAAAUCCAGAACAUCACAGAGAAGGAGCAGGUCCAACUCAAGCCCAGAAAUGAAAAAAUCCCAUGUUUCUUCGAGGCGGAGCAGGUCUGGCUCUUCGCCACGGUCCAAAGCAAAAUCUCACUUGUCCUUGAGACGAAGUCUUUCAGGGUCCUCUCCAUGCCCUAAACAAAAGUCUCAGAGCCCGCCAGUGCGCAGUCGCUCUGGAUCAUCUCAGCCUAAAGCUAAAUCUAGAACACCACCAAGGCGAAGUCGCUCUGGUUCUUCACCCUCUAAUCAGAAAUCUAAAACACCAUCCAGACAGAGUCAUUCCAGUUCAUCUCCUCAACCUAAAGUGAAAUCUGGAACGCCACCAAGGCAAGGGUGUGUAACAAGUCCGCAGGCAGAUGAACAAUCUGCAACACCACAAAGACAGAGCCGUUCAGAAUCAUCACCUGACCCUGAGGUAAAAUCUAGGACCCCUUCAAGACAUAGCUGUUCUGGGUCUUCUCCUCCAAGAGUGAAAUCUAACACACCUCCCAGACAGAGCCUGUCUGGGUCGUCAUCUCCACAACCCAAAGUAAAGGCAAUAACAUCACCAGCCCAAAGCCAUUCUCGCUCCUCUUCUCCAAGUCCUAGUAGGGUGAUGUCUAAAACACCGCCAAGGCAAAGCAGAUCAGAGUCUCCCUGUUCCAAGGUAGAAUCUAGAUUGGUGCAAAGACACAGUCAAUCUAGGUCCUCCUCACCAGAUACCAAAGUGAAACCUGGAACACCACCAAGACGAAGUUACUCAGAGUCUCCUUCACCGUGCCCCAAAGCAAAGCCCCAAACUCCAUCAGGGCACAGUCUUUCUGGAUCAAGGUCACCAUGUUCCCAAGAGAACCCUAAAGACUCAGCAGUACAGAGUUGCUCUGGAUCCUCCCUCUGCCCAGUAGUAAAGCCUAGCCCACCUCCAGGAGAGAGCUAUUUCGACUCAUCUCUAAAGCAGAAAGGACAAUCUCAAGCUUCACCAGACCCCAGAUCUGAUACUUCAAGUCCAGAAAUAAGACAGAGUCACUCUGAAUCUCCAUCUCUGCAGAGCAAGUCUCAAACAUCUAAGACUGGCCAGUCUAGGUCCUCAUCUCCAGUUGCUGAAGUAGCACCCAGUUCUCCAGCAAAACAAGAUGAAAACAAAUUGUCAAGUCCUAGGCUGAAAUCUGGAAUGUCUCCUGAGCAGAGCAGGGGCCAUUCAGACUUUUCUCUGUAUCCUGCAGUGGACUCUAAAUCUGUUCCUGGGCCGAGUAGAUUGGAACUUUCUCCUGAAUCAAAAGAGAAAAUGGGUUUACUCCUUCAGGAGGAUGUUGCUGCAUCAUCUCCUAGACUGAGAAACAAAUUGAGUCCUCUAGUUCAGGAUAGGCCUGAAUUCUCACCAGUACUCAAAGAGACAGCUAGAACCUCAUCAGGAGAAAGAGGUAGUGUUGGGUCAUCUCCAGAUAGAAAAGACCGAAGCAGUGUGUUAGCUAAGCCAAGCCAUGAUGAAGAAUUAAUGGAGUUAGAGAAAACAGAAGAGUCUUCAAACCAGGUUCUACCCCAUUUGUCUCCAGAACUUAAAGAAAUGGCUGGAAGUAAUUUUGAAUCAUCUCUUGAAAUAGAAGAAAGUCCUACUGUGUCUGCAACUCAUGACCAAAGCCAGUCACAGGCUUCUUUGGAAGCAGACAUCCCUGCAGUGGCCUCAACGUGGAGUGGGCCACAUUUUUCUCCAGAUCAUAAAGAACUGUCUAACUCCCCUUCCAGGGAAGACAGGUUUGGAUCACCUUUAGAAUUUAGAAAUUCAGGCUCUGUUGCGGAAGUGAAUACUGGGUUUUCUCCUGAGGUCAAAGAUUUGAAUGGCCCUUUUCCUAAUCAGUUGGAAACAGAUCCAUUUCCAGACAUGAAAGAACAAUCAAGAAGGUCCUCCAGACGCAGCAGUUCUGAAUUAUCCCCAGAUGCAGUGGGAAAAGUAGGACUGUCUUCAAAUCAAAGUGUCUCUUCACCAGUUCUUGAUGCUGUCCCCAGAACACCCUCGAGAGAAAGAAGCAGUUCUGCUUCUCCUGAACUGAAGGAUGGUUUACCCAGAACUCCUUCAAGGAGAAGCAGGUCUGGGUCUUCCCCAGGACUUCGAGAUGGUUCUGGGACUCCCUCAAGGCACAGCUUAUCCGGGUCUUCUCCUGGAAUGAAAGAUAUACCUAGAACACCGUCCAGGGGGAGAAGUGAAUGUGAUUCUUCUCCAGAACCAAAAGCUUUGCCCCAGACUCCUAGGCCAAGGAGUCGUUCUCUAUCAUCCCCAGAGCUCAACAAGUGUCUUACCCACCAGAGAGAAAGAAGUGGGUCAGAAUCAUCAAUUGAACAGAAGACUGUAGCUAGGACGCCUCUUGGGCAGAGAAGUCCAUCUGGAUCUUCUCAAGAACUUGAUGGGAAACCCAGUACAUCCCCUCAGGAAAGAAGUGAGUCAGACUCUUCUCCUGAUUCUAAAGCUAAUACACGAAUGCCACUUAGACAGGGGAGUCGCUCUGGAUCAUCUCCAGAGGUGGACAGCAAGUCCCGACCUUCUCCUCUGCGUAGUAGGUCUGGCUCAUCCCCUGAAAUUAAAGAAAAGUCAAGAGUAGCACCCAGGGCACAGAGUGGUUCUGAUUCCUCUCCUGAACCCAAGGCUCCUGCCCCUCGGGUCCCUCCUAGAAGGAGCAGCUCAGGUUCAUCAAGCAAAGGUAGAGGUGCUUCUCCCGAAGAAAGCAGCAGUUCUGAGUCCUCUCCAGAACACCCACCAAAGUCCAGAUCUACUAGAAGAAGCUCUAGGUCGUCACCAGAGCCCAAGACCAAGUCUCGCACUCCACCUCGGCGUCGUAGCUCUCGAUCAUCUCCUGAGCUGGCUAGGAAGGCCAGGCUUUCGCGGAGAAGUCGCUCAGCAUCCUCCUCUCCAGAGACCCCCUCGAGAACUCCCCCAAGACGCCGGAGAAGUCCCUCAGUGUCUUCCCCAGAGCCAACUGAAAAGUUGAGAUCCUCGCGCCGGCGGCGUUCGGCUUCAUCCCCACGUACUAAGACAACAUCAAGGAGGGGCCGUUCUCCUUCACCAAAGCCGCGUGGGCUCCAGAGGUCCCGUUCCCGCUCAAGGAGGGAGAAAACCAGAACAGCCCGACGUCGAGAUAGGUCUGGGUCUUCACAGUCAACCUCUCGGAGAAGGCAGCGGAGCAGGUCAAGGUCUAGGGUUACUCGGCGGCGGAGGGGAGGCUCAGGUUACCACUCAAGGUCUCCUGCCCGGCAGGAGAGUUCCCGUACUUCCUCUCGACGCCGAAGAGGCCGCUCUCGGACACCCUUGGCCAGUCGAAAGCGUUCUCGUUCACGCACAUCACCAGCCCCGUGGAAACGCUCCAGAUCUCGGGCCUCUCCAGCCGCUCACCGGCGAUCCAGAUCCAGAACACCUCUGGUCAGCCGACGUCGAUCCAGGUCUCGAACUUCACCGGUCAGUCGGAGACGAUCAAGGUCCAGGACAUCAGUGACUCGACGAAGAUCUCGAUCCAGAGCAUCCCCAGUGAGCCGAAGGAGAUCCAGGUCCAGAACACCACCAGUAACCCGCCGUCGGUCAAGGUCCAGAACACCGACUCGCCGGCGCUCUCGUUCUAGAACUCCACCAGUGACUCGCAGAAGGUCCAGAUCCAGGACCCCACCAGUAACCAGGCGGCGGUCUCGAAGCAGAACCUCUCCUGUUACUCGCAGAAGAUCAAGAUCCAGAACAUCCCCCGUCACCCGUAGGAGAUCUCGCUCUCGCACGUCUCCAGUGACCCGAAGGAGGUCCCGCUCACGAACCUCUCCAGUGACACGCCGCCGAUCCAGGUCCCGAACUCCUCUGGCUAUUCGACGCCGCUCUAGGUCUCGAACCCCACUGUUGCCUCGCAAACGUUCUCGAAGUCGCUCACCACUUGCCAUCCGCCGCCGUUCUAGAUCGCGUACUCCAAGAACCACUCGGGGCAAACGGUCCUUAACAAGAUCUCCCCCAGCCAUCCGCAGGCGCUCUGCGUCUGGAAGUAGUUCUGAUCGUUCACGUUCUGCUACUCCUCCAGCCACACGGAAUCACUCUGGGUCCCGGACACCUCCGGUAGCACUUAGUAGCUCCAGAAUGAGCUGCUUCAGUCGUCCCAGCAUGUCACCAACUCCCCUGGACCGCUGUAGAUCACCUGGAAUGCUCGAACCUCUUGGCAGCUCUAGAACACCCAUGUCUGUUCUUCAGCAAGCUGGGGGCUCCAUGAUGGAUGGCCCAGGUCCCCGAAUUCCUGAUCACCCGAGAACAUCUGUGCCAGAAAAUCAUGCUCAGUCAAGAAUCGCACUUGCCCUGACAGCUAUCAGUCUUGGCACUGCUCGGCCACCUCCAUCCAUGUCUGCUGCUGGCCUUGCUGCAAGAAUGUCACAGGUUCCUGCUCCAGUGCCUCUCAUGAGUCUCAGAACGGCCCCAGCUGCCAGCCUUGCCAGCAGGAUUCCUGCAGCUUCUGCAGCAGCUAUGAACCUGGCCAGUGCCAGGACACCUGCCAUACCAACAGCAGUGAACCUGGCUGACUCCAGAACGCCAGCUGCAGCGGCCGCCAUGAACUUGGCUAGCCCCAGAACAGCAGUGGCACCUUCUGCUGUGAACCUUGCUGACCCUCGUACCCCCACGGCCCCAGCUGUGAACCUGGCAGGAGCCAGAACCCCAGCUGCUUUGGCAGCUUUGAGUCUCUCGGGCUCUGGUACACCUCCGAGCGCUGCAAACUACCCCUCUAGCUCCAGAACAGCUCAGGCUCCAGCCCCUGCAAACCUGGUGGGUCCUAGAUCUGCACAUGCCACAGCUCCUGUGAAUAUUGCCAGCUCAAGAACCCCUCCAGCCUUGGCCCCUGCAAGCCUUACCAGUGCUAGAAUGGCUCCAGCCUUGUCUGGUGCAAACCUCACCAGCCCGAGGGUGCCCCUCUCUGCCUAUGAGCGUGUUAGUGGCAGAACCUCACCAAUGCUCCUUGACCGAGCCAGAUCCAGAACCCCACCAUCUGCCCCAAGCCAGUCUAGAAUGACCUCUGAGCGGGCUCCCUCUCCUGCCACUAGGAUGGUCCAGGUUCCUUCCCAGUCUCUUCUCUCUGCAGGUCAGGAUCGCCCUAGGUCCCCCGUGCCCUCUGGUUUUUCUGACCAAUCCCGAUCUUUGCUUGUCCAGACCACCCUGGUAGCAGGGUCUCAGUCUCUUUCCUCUGGGAUGGUGGCCAAGACCACGUCCUCUGCUGGUGACCAUAACGGCAUGCUCUCUGGCCCUGCCCCUGGGGCGUCCCACCCUGAAGGUGGGGAACCACCUGCCUCUGUGGGGGCCCAGCAGCCUUCUGCAUUGGCUGCCCUGCAGCCGUCAAAGGAGCGGCGGAGCUCUUCCUCCUCCUCGUCCUCUAGCUCCUCCUCUUCGUCGUCGUCGUCAUCCUCUUCAUCAUCCUCGUCCUCUGGCUCCAGUUCUAGCGACUCGGAGGGCUCCAGCCUUCCCGUUCAGCCUGAGGCAGCACUGAAAAGGGUGCCCAGUCCUGCCCCAGCCCCAAAGGAGCCCGUUCGAGAGGGUCGUCCUCAGGAGCCGACCCCAGCCAAGCGGAAGAGGCGUUCUAGCAGCUCCAGUUCCAGCUCCUCCUCCUCCUCCUCCUCUUCCUCCUCCUCUUCCUCCUCUUCCUCCUCUUCCUCCUCCUCCUCCUCCUCCUCCUCCUCCUCCUCCUCCUCUACUUCCUCCUCCCCCUCCCCUGCUAAGCCUGGCCCCCAGGCCUUGCCCAAACCUGCAAGCCCCAAGAAGCCGCCCCCUGGCGAACGGAGGUCCCGCAGUCCCCGGAAGCCAAUAGACUCCCUCCGGGACUCCCGUUCCCUCAGCUACUCGCCUGCAGAACGCCGCCACCCCUCACCCCAGCCCUCUCCCCGAGACCAGCAGAGCAGCAGCGAGCGGGGUUCCCGGAGAGGCCAACGUGGGGACAGUCGCUCCCCAGGCCACAAGCGCAGGAGGGAGACUCCUAGCCCCCACCCAGCGCGGCACCGCUCCUCCAGGUCUCCGUGAACAUUUUUUGGGGGAACACCAUACCCCAAGUUCUGGAGCCACCAGGGAGUGCCCCUUUCUCCCCAGCAGAGCCGUGGGAGGAAUCCUUGUCUGCCUCCCUUUGAACCCUGGCAGCAUUUUAGGGGAGGGCUCCCUUCUUUCUUUUUGUUUUCCUUUGUUCUUGUGAAAUGUUAAUCUGUGAGUUUUUUCUGGUUCACAUGUUUUGGGGGGUUUGGGGCGGGGGGAAUGAGAAUGGGAGUUAUGGGAGGGGAGGAUAGUUUGGGAUGCCCCAAGUCUUGAGUCAGAAAAGGCCUGGGAGGUACCAUCCCCCAUUUACUGAGGCUUGAGUUCCUGGGGGCAGUGAUGGUUUGGGACUUGGGAACCUGUGUGAAGUGUUAAUGGAAGGAAGGGCAGGAGUUACUAGUUAGCCCCUACUGUCCCCGCAGUGAGGUUGUGGCCCCUUCCCCCCAACUUUUCUUCACAUUUCUUAAAGGCAUUUUGGUUUUUUUAAAAAAUCUGUACAGCAAGAGCAACUUUUUCUGUCAAAUAAAAAUGAGAAAUGCAGGAA